CACUCACUGUGUUUAUGGAAAUGGAGGAUUCUCUGUAGGAAAAGGGGAAAAUGGAAGCCAAGUUUUUUCGAUUCUUGAAGAUUGUUGGAGUUGGAUACAAAGCUAGAGCUGAGGAAGCAGGGCGUUUCUUAUACCUCAAAUUGGGUUACAGUCACGAAGUUGAACUUGCGGUUCCUCCAGCGGUUCGAGUCUUCUGUUUCAAGAACAAUGUGGUUUGCUGCACCGGAAUCGACAAGCAAAGAGUGCAUCAGUUUGCUGCAACAGUAAGGAGUUGCAAACCUCCUGAACCUUAUAAGGGCAAAGGCAUUAUGUACAUUGACGAAGUCGUCAAGAAGAAACAAGGAAAGAAGUCGAAAUGAUCUCUCUCUCUCUCUCUCUUUUUGUAUGCUUCUUCGCUCUUAUUCUGCAGAGACAACUUUGAUCUUUUUGUGAUAGAUUUUGAUUGGAUUUCCUUAUCAAUAAUUUUUACUUGGAUGU